GUUUGUGGAUGUGUUUAAAAAUCCGGAGCUUUCGGUCACUUAGGUCAAUCAACAUGUCUGUAUCGUUGUUGAGAACAACUUCUUGCCUACUGAGACGUACUAUUUCUGUGGCGUCUGUUAGAUAUGGCCAUGGUCCCCCAGCUAAACCCGUUGACGUACAUAAAGGGAAAGUUCCUUCUGAUGAUGUGAAACUGCCAGACAGUUUAGGACAUUCUGUUGGGCCUGAACGUUAUGAAUUGUUGGCACAUGAAUCCGGUGAAGAGGAUCCUUUUGAGAUGAAAGUAGUUAAAAGGGCAAAAGGUACUUUUGAUGAACCAACAAUAGUUAAAUCUAUUAACAACAAAAGGAUGGUUGGUUGCAUAUGUGAAGAGGAUGCUUUGACCAUUAAUUGGAUGUAUGUACACAAAGGAGAACCCAAGCGCUGUGAAUGUGGUUACUGGUUUAAAUUGGUAGAUUUACCAGGUGGACAUCACUAAUAAAGCAGUAUACACAUGAAUCAUCCUAAACUGUUAUCAAUUUCCUUGGAUGUUCCUUUUAUUUUCUUUAAACUAAAAAUUUGUAGUAAACAUUUUUAAAAUAACUA